CGGAUGCCCAGCUUGCCUGGCAUUGCUUGUCUGCUUACCCCACGAAUCAUGCCGUCAUCUUUCUUGCCACCGCACCAAGCUCAGCUAUCUUGAGCUCUUUUUGGAACCUUGACACCUCCACCUGUCUGUUUUAGGCAAUUGAUGGGAGAACUGCAGGACUUAUACGGGUGACUUAUACGAGGGAUGGUUUGUCGUUUGGGAAGGUUGGAGCCAAUGCAACGUCAUCGCGCUGCGAUCAGCGGGGCUUGUAACACCUGACCACCCCGAAGAUCCGAGUGCAUCAACUACAAAAGACGCUGUGAAGCUGCAAAUACCAGAAUCCUGAUAUAGUUCUUCAGAAUCAUACUCAUCACCAAAACGAUAUUACUCAUCAUGAAGCUCACCACUUCCACAACCACUAUGCUUCUCGCAGCAUCAGCCAACGCGCAAUGUACAACCAGUCCGCCAUUCUACAACGAAACAUCUAAGCCCUUCAGCCUUGUCCUGACAUCCGACAAUUCGACGAUCAACGGAUCCACCCUCUCAGCAUGUCACACCGGCGCAGCGCUUGAAUCGCUGUGUCUCUCAAGAGGUGGUGGUGUCUCCAACCCCAACCCAAUUGCAGCCGCGACAUUCAACUUCAACACCUCAACUGACCCGUUCACACCAAAUGCCACACUUGGAACUCCCGGUAUUUUGACCUGGACCCUGAAAACCAACUCCAUCGAUGUGCCCUCCAGUGUGUACUUUAACUACGAUCCCUCGACAGACUCCGCCAUCCCUAUCCUGACUCCCGGCUCUGAGAGGCCGCAAUUGCUGGCGUUCGACGACCAAGAUAGACUGAAUGUGCAAAGCUCCACUGACUGGACUGCAAACCCACCAAAUUCGACAGGCACGACAAGAGCUUACUAUAGGUGGUAUGCAUGCCAGACGUAUUUCUCAGGAUAUAGCUAUGAGAAUUUGGCGUGGGGUCUUGGUUCUGAGAAGCCGCAAAAUCCGACGUGUGUGAGCGUUGGGGUGAAGAGGGUCUUCAUUUGAGCUUGUAGUUGUCGCUGUUAUUGAACGUUCGUGGCGUGAAUGGAUAAUUAUUCAGCUAUAGAGGUAUGCUUAGUCCUAAUAACACACUCCGGACAUGAGUUACUAUGUCUCCUCCAAUCCUAAAAUCUUGACCCGGG